UUACUUCCACUUUAUCCACACGCAAGGUGGUUCGCGGUCUUCUAUGGUUUCCCUCGGACGGACGUGUCAUUACUUUUCUGUGUACUGUUAACCACCACCAUAUAAGAAACUAAAACUAUAACCAAUCUCUAAUGUUCACGUUUUUUAUUUUUUUAUUUUGUUUUAUUUUUUUAUUUUGCUCAAUGCCAACCACAAUUGAAUGUGGAAAGUGCAAGACGGCGGCGAUCGCCCUCACCGUUCCCAACAACCAACAGUUUAAAUAUAGUUAAAUAAAUUAAUGUGCAAAAUAAUGAAAGCUUAACUAAUGUGAUUCCUUUUUGCUAAGAAAAGGAAAAAUAAAACAUUAAACAAAAAAGAAAAUAAAUAUACAAAAUUCGAGAAGUAACACAUCAUACUUCAUAUAAAUAUUAAUUAUACAUCGUUGAGAGGAAAAGUUUAAAGCAGCAAGGCUGGCCUGGCCUGGCCUGGACUGGUACCUAACGAAACAGUGAGACACCCAUACAAAACUACGAAACUAAAAUAUGGAAUGGAUUCAGUCAGACUUGUUUUGAUCCGGAAAUACCGGUUGAAUUGAAUUGUGAAUUCGCUAGCGCUAGGAAUAUGUGUAAGCCUUAAAUCAAGCCUUAACGAGUCAUAAUACAUGAGUGUGUUUCUGCUUCGCUUCGAGGAAGGAAAUAAGAGAGAAUUCCUCUUUUAGACUUUGGUGGAGUGGUACAGAUAAAGUUGAUGCAAUUUAAAAAUGGUUAAGGGAAUACUUGUUCAUCGGCCACGGCCGGAUGAUGCGGACAAAUUGGGUGCACUGAAAAUGGAUCAUUCCGAUUUGGUCGCUGAAAUGCAAACCGUCGAAAAUCUUCCCACUCACGAAAGACUCCAAUUGGCACGAAUGAGAAGAGCACAACAAUUAAAAAUCAAUCGCCAAAAAGAAAAGGAAUGGCUAAAAUUACAGCGAAGCCAAAAAAACAAUCAUCAAACUGAUAGGCAUUCCAUUAGCAGACAGAGUUCAAAGCAUAUCUUCUUCGAGAAUAGUGUUAUACUCCUGGAAGCGGCUAGUCGCAACGACAUUCAGGAAGUUGCAAACCUGCUUCAACGUGGUAUCACUCCAGAUGCCGCUAAUGAAGACGGCCUUACCGCAUUGCACCAAUGCUGCAUUGAUAACAACAUUGAAAUGCUUAAGCUUCUCCUUGACUACGGUGCUAAUGUUGAUGCUCAGGACAGUGAUAAGUGGACUCCGUUACAUGCAGCUGCUACGUGUGGGCAUUUGUAUUUGGUUAAGAUUCUUAUUGAAAGGGGUGCAAAUUUACUGGCAGUUAAUACUGACGGUAAUAUGCCCUACGACCUUUGUGACGAUGAGGAUACAUUGGAUUUCAUCGAAGCGGAAAUGUCGAAGAGGGGUGUCACGCAAGAGCUAAUCGACGACACGCGAUCAAUGACCGAGAAACAAAUGCUUAGUGAUUUGCUGGAGUUGGCCAGCAACGGAGGUGACCUGGAAGACCCCGAUCAUCAAGGUGCUACACCUCUACAUAUUGCUUCGGCAAAUGGCUAUAAUCGGGUGGUGGAAUUUUUACUGGAACACCAUGUAAAUGUCGAUGCCGUCGAUAAGGACUUAUGGACACCGGUUCAUGCAGCUGCUUGUUGGGGUCACCUCGAGGUAUUAGAGAUGCUAGCCCAAUAUGGCGCUGACUUAAAUGCUAAGAACAAAGACGACGAAACACCCUCAGACAUAUGUGAGGAUCAGGAAAUACGAGAACGAAUAGAACAAUUAAAAUCCGAACAAGAAACAAAACGUUUAGCUGAUGCACAAAUAAGACGAGUACGUCGUUCACAAAGCAGCAAUACGAGGGCGCAAUCAGUACGGCGGACUUCACUGCGAGAUAAAACGCUGACAACAAAGAAAGAUGCUGUGGAAGAAACAAGACUGCGAUUACAAGCACAAGAGGUGUAUACAACACCGGAUAGCACAACAGAAAUACUUCCAACAUAUCUUCGAAGCAACCAAGAGACUAAACAACCAACUGGCAAUGCAACGAACACCCACGAUAAUAUGCCAACGAGUACAACUCCUACAAUUCCACCGCUUAAAAUUGAAUUUCGUUCAAAUAGCAAUAGUGAAGGGGGCGGAAGCGGCGAUAAAAUCUCAACAAAGGCAUUAGAUAGUAAAAAAGAUAACACCCACCACAUUGGUUCCAACAACAAUGUGAUCCUCGUCAAUGGCCAUCAUCAUGGCUCGAGUGGAAUUGAAACCAACGAAAUGUGCGUAGACGACGUGGAUGCAGCAAACUACUUAUCAAACUCCCGUUAUCCACCCGAAGGUAAGGAGUAUGAUGAAGUAAACCGAAUGGACAAGAUGAACACGAUGACGAAGACUUCGACCUCAGGCUAUACAAAUUGUUCCAAUGGCAACAAUAACACUCUGGAAAAGAUGUCUGGCGGCAACAAUCGAGCGACGACAGGUAUUUUUCAAACGAGUAAAGAAAAUGGGAAAAUAAAUGUGCAAGUUACUGUGCUUGUAGACACUCAUCAUGUAGAUAAUGCAUACGCGGGAGCAACACUAGCCAAUUUGAAAAAGCAACGCUCACAGUCGCGUUCAAAUGCACUAACCGAAAACGGUUCUGUUAUAGGAACCAACAAUACCACAGAGGCAGUUCAGUCAGCAUCAUCGCCAUCCUCCUCCUCAAUUGAUCCGCGAGUCUUGUCUAUGACGAAGUUUAGUGGAGUUACCGGAGACGUUGUCGGCGAUAGUACGAGUUCCAGAAGAAAAUGUUGUACCCUUAUGUAAUAUGUAAAAUGUAAAAGGUGAUUUGAAUUCCUUUAUCUUGGCAUAUCAAUGUUUAUUUUUACAUAAAUUAUACGAAAAACAAAAACACAAUAACCAAAGUACACAAAUAACAAACAAAACAAAAAGAGUGUUUGCGUGUUCUUUUUUUGUUCUCUCUUUCUCUUACUCUCUGUCUCUCUCUUUGUACUUCAAUGGUAUAACAGUAUUGAUUAAUUAUAAAAAAAUAUUAAUGCAAAUUUAAUGAUCUACAAUUUUGAACAAAAGCUCAAAACUUACAUAUAUUAAUAAAUACAAAAUGUCACUUAAUGCAUCACUCUUACUCUCCAUACAGUAUACAAAAAUACAUAAAUUUAUACUUUUAAUAAAAUACUUAUAUAUACCAACACUAUAUAUAUAUACAUACAAUUCUUAAUCACUUAACAUGUUUGUUAUACAUAUAUAUAAAUAAAUAAAAAAUAUAUAUAUAUUUAGUUAAGUUACUCAGAGUAUAAGUUUUUAUUGAAUACUUCUUAGGUUUAACUAGCAGCAUUAUUAAUUUAAAGUUAAAAACUUAAUUUAAAUUAUUUAGAUACAAAACUGCCUUAUAUAUGUCUUUUUAACAAAAAACAAAAAAAAAGUCUACACUGUAUAGUAUUAUACACAUUGUAUUUAUACAUCACAUGUGAAACCAAUUGAUUUGUCUUCUAAUUUUGUGUCAAGACUUAGUAUAUAUUUACCUAUAUUUACCGAUGCAACAAAAAUGUAUGUAACGUGCAUUUCUUUUUAAACAAAUGCACAGUGUGUGUUGAGUAACUAAUUAAUAAACAAAAAAUAUAAAAUUAUAUCUUUACAAUCGACGAAUAUUUUCUUUUUCUACAAAAUCAAAAUAAAAAAAGAAAGAAAAUCAAUAGUUUUCGAGCGAAUUAAAAUUUAAUAAAAACUAAAGUAAAAUCAAACGUAUUCUAAAUACGCAGAAUGUAGCCCAAUGUGUUAUUUAAUAGCAAAUGUAAUUUAUAUUUUUAUAAUCUUAUCUGUUCUUUAAUCUUUGAUCGGAAAUAAAGUUCUAAAACAAAUAAAAA